CUUGCAAGCCUCCGGCUACCUAUCAGUUCUGCCACGUGCGGAUGUGGAGGAGCUUGCGGAUAAUGCGCUUGUGUACUCGAGCUGCCACCUGAGGCGGCUGCAGCCCGAUUCGGCAGCCCACGUGGUGGAGGAGACGGUGGAGUGGUGGCGGCUGAUGGAUGCGAUUUUACGGCAUGCGGCUGGCGGGGCUCCGGUGGGUGCGAUGGCACACAUUGCGGCGCUGCAGGAGAUGGUGCUUGACCAAGGGGAUCGGGAUGCUCAUGGUGCCGCAGGUGUCCCGCUUCCGGCCGCACCGCCGCCCAGUGUGGCAGCGGCGCUGGCGGGCGGCUUCCUGCCCUGCCUGGAGCGCCUGCUGAGGCGUACGGGCGCGGAUUUCAACAGCCGUGAGGCGGUAAUGGUGGAACGGCUGCUGGGCCGCAGUAACUGCCCCCAGUGGCUCUUUGCGCUGCUCGCAUACGGGGAG